AAAAUUUCAAGUUUUCUGUAAAAGUAUUUUUUUGUUAAAAAAGAGGAGAUGAAAACAAUCAAUUAGCUUUUUGAUUUUAUUUACAAUGCUCUCCCAAAAAUGCGGCUUUAUUUAAGCACAAAGACUUUGUCUGAUUCGUCCGGUGAGUCGCAUCGAUUCAACUUGUCUCACCUCAAAAAGAUACAUUGAUUUUAUUAUGUUCCCUAUCGAAACUGUUGAGAGAAUUUUAUCAUUCUGCGAUGGGAAAACCCUUUACAAUGCGAAAUCUGUUAAUGCUCAAUGGAGAGAUUGUGUAAAUUAUCUUACAAAGAAAACUAAAAUUUGGAUGCAUUGUUGUUUCGAAGAAAUUCCAAAAGAUGAACUUAUAGAAUACCUUGAAAAAUAUAAAGGACACAAAGAUAAAGAUAAGUUUAAUGAUAUAUAUGCAAAUUGGUAUGUUUGGAAGAACAUUGACUCUAAUGUUGAUUUUGAUGUUAUUCUUUGCCCUGCUGAGGUACCUAGAAUAACUUGUUUGGCUGUGUCAGAUCUAUCUACAGGACGCUUUGUGGCUGUUGGUUCUGAAGAUGGUCGAAUAAGGAUCUUUAAUGACCAUUGGGACUUAUUAUACACUGAUCGUUAUCUAUCAGUAAAAAUAACAGAGAUCUCCUUUCUAAAUGAUAAUGGGGCAUUAAAUCGUCAAACAGAAUUACCAUUUUUAAUAGUUUAUUACAAAUGUGGAACACUUUACCUCAUUGAUUAUGAAUAUAAAACUGUUCCGCCUUUAAUUGUUCAAGAUGUGAUUUUAUACAGUGCUUAUAAAAUUUAUUUAUGUUUUGUAAAACGUGGUGGUCGCGUUUCCAUUGUUAAAUUGGGUUAUGAUUCCGAAGGAGAAAAGAAAUUCUUUGAAAUUACGUACGUUCGUAUCUAUUCACCUGAUGAAGUGACAGGGGUUAGAAUAUGGAAUGGUAUUUGUACCUUUUUGAUGAAUAGUGAUGUUAAAAUUUUGAAAUAUGAUGAUGAAAUGCCUCCAAUGACUACCAUUGAGAAUAAAACAAAACUUAGGUUUUGUGAUAAAAAUAAAUUUCAUCAACAGAGAAAUACUUUUAUUUAUAGGAAUGAUAUUAUUAUUUCUAUUUCUAAAGAUAAAUUUAAUGAUCAACUUAUUGAGUUGUUCAUUUUGGGGCCCAAUGAUAUGGUUGGAAAGAAGAUUUUUAAUACUUGGGAAGUUUUCCAUUCAAAUAUAACAUGUAUGUUUUUGUAUGGAAACACAUUUGUAUUAGGAGUUGAUACAGGAAAUGUAAGUUAUGCGGCUUACAACAAUGUAAUUGGUUUUAAAAGUUUUACCAAAUUAAAUGACAUUUUUUGCAAUGUGGAAGUAAACCACAACUUCGGUAUUUUAAAUGGAAUGCUACAGUUUUUAUUACACCACAUUAUGCAUUACUUGACUAAGCGACAAAUUAACUAUGUUGAGAAAAACGGGAGUUCCGUUUCCAUCUCUCUAAAAAUAUGA